AUGUCAGGCCUCGAGGUGCUCGGCGGCAUCAGUGCAGUGAUUGCGAUCAUUGACGGCUCGGUCAAGGUCUGGGAGAGUGCACGUAAAGACCUCAAGUUCAGCGCGACCUUCGAAACCGUAGGUAAUCGACUACCCAUUCUACGAGACAUCCUCCAAACCUGCCUUGAGCAGUUCGAGCCGAUCAAAACAUCCUUACCUGCCGAUGCUGCCCAUGGUCUGGUGAAGACUGUUAACAAUUACAAGAGGAGGGCUGAAUCACUAGGAAUCAUCUUCUAA